AUGGAUGCCCGACCGCACAAAAACAAGCUCCCUAUCCAGGUGCCUGGAGAACAUGGCGCCUACGCAAAUCUGCCUACUCACCUCACCAUGGCCUCACCACAACUCGACCGGGCAGAGACCGACCCCUUGCGACUAACUCGCCAUGGAGGAAGAAACACGCACCACAGAGCCAACCACAGGCACCGAAAGGACCCAGGGGCUCAGACCCGAGCCGGAGAUUAA